UUCCGGCGCCGGAGUGGACGUGAUGGCGGCUCUCAGCCGUCAGGUCUUUGAUUGGCACCGCCUGAUCCCCCUCACCGGGGCCAGUGUUGCUCGACAGACGUCUCGUCUAGGAGAGCAGAGAAGGACGAUAGCUUCUUUGUUGCCUCCACUGACUACAGUCUCCAGAGGAGGGAGCCUUGAGGAAUUAUCCCGUGUAAAAUCCAGGAAGUACGUGCAGGAGUCAGAAUGCAGGACGGAUCUCACUCGGUGCCUCCUUGAGCAGCCGAGGACACCUGUGGAUGGAGGGGCCUUGGGGCUGGAGACCAUCACCACCUCCCUCCGGGACAUGGGUUUCAGUGAUGCCCACGUUGGUGAAUUACUCAGCAUACAGCCAGGUCCCAGCCCUCAACAGUUGCUGGACAUCACUUCAGAAUUAAUACUCUUGGGUCUGAAUCCGGAACCUGUGUGUGUGGCCUUGAAGAAAAGCCCUCAGUUGCUGAAACUGCCUAUGAAGCAGAUGAAGAAGCGCUCCAGUUACCUGCGAAAGCUCGGGCUUGGCGAAGGGAAACUGAAGAGGGUGCUUUACUGUUGCCCCGAAAUUUUCACCAUGCGUCAGCGGGACAUCGAUGACAUCGUUGGGGUUCUCAGGGAGAAGUGUCUUUUCACAGUGCGGCAGGUGACAGAGAUUUUGCACAGAUGCCCCUAUGUUCUUCGGGAGGAGCCCGGUGAAUUGGAGUACAAAUUCCAGUACGCCUAUUUUAGGAUGGGGAUUAAGCACCGGGACGUGGUGAAGACUGACUUCUUGCAGUACUCAAUCACCAAGAUUAAGCAAAGGCACAUUUACCUCGAGCGCCUGGGACGGUACCAGACCCCCGAUAAGAAGGGCCAGACGCAGGUCCUUAACCCUUCACUCAAGGACAUCUUCAGAGUCUCAGAAGCUGAGUUUUUGGUCAAGACAGCCUGUUCUUCUCCAGAGGAGUUUGAAGUUUUUAAGAAGCUCUUGGCUCGGGAGGAGGAAGAGGGGCCUGGAGGCUGCACGUCUGAUGACAGCGCCAGCUCGGAUGGAGAUGUGGAGGACAGAGAUGCGGAGGAGGAGUUUACUGAUGGACGGGACUGAGAUGGGAAGAGCCCCAGGUAUAUUAAAGGAUAUUUUAAUUUUAUCAAAGCUUUUGGGAGCUUCACUAGGAUCUUCUCAAGUUAUUUUACAUCCUAAAACUGGGCUUAGGAUGAAAAAAUUAGUAUUAGUCCCCUGAGAAGUUGGCAGGUCAAACUAAACGGAGACGUGUUAGUUUGAUCUACUGUUGGGUGUCCGCCUGGAGGACCCUGUUCCGUUCUGGAUAAAAGACUGACUCAGCUGUUAAAAUUAGUGGGAUGUGGUAGGUCGAAAUGUGGCCUUAGUUUUUUCUUUUGAAACAUGUUAGUGACAAUUCCAUGACAACGUGGAAGAUAAGGUUUCUUCUCGGAUCAAGAGCCCAUUUAUAUUUUCUCUUAACAGGAAGAUAAAAUUAAGAGAAGGCAGCAAGGUUUUAGUACAUCACAGCACUUUAUUUUAUAAAAACAAGUAGCAGGUUUUCCACAAAAAUAUCAACGUUUUUAAUCCAAAAAUAUCUUACUGCUUCGUAAUUGCAUUCAGUGUACAGCAGAGUACAAGGAGUCGGUUAGUGACGUUUGCUUCAAUUUGACACAGCUUCUUGCUGCCACGAGGCACUGGGGCUUCCCUGUCUGGAUGCUGCUGGCCCAGCGAGUGGGGACCAGGCCCUCCCUGGCCCUGACCUCGUGAUGCUCUGGGCCAGUGCGUCACUCUCAGGCCCUGAGCCUCCAGUCAUCAUGUGCUGACUUGGGAGAAUGCAGAGCAGGACGGGGCCCUGCCCGUCUCACAGGUGGUCUGGGAACAAAGGGGGGAAAGCACAUGCCCCGGUUGUGGAGCUGGACCUGGAGUCGGGACCAAGGAUCUGUCGGCUAUUCCAGGUGCUCUCCACGGUGCCCAGAGGUGGUGAAAGUCACCCGGGGGAGCCCAGUGGGCGUGAGGAGCAAGGCCAAGCUGUGACAGCGUGGGCUCUGUGAGGGGCCAGGAGGACUGGUGUGUCCUAGAACAUUCUAGAUUGCAGAACAAGGUUGACACUGCAGGAAGCAUUUUUGGUGAUGUAGCAUCGAGUCAGGUCUCGUCUCAGCCUUUGAACAGCUCUUGGCGCCCUGGUGCUUGGCCCCGUGGAAACCCUGCCAGGCGGCGGUCCUCCCUCCAGGGGCAUCGGGCGAUGUCAAGAUGUUUGUGCCUGUCACGGCUGGAGGAGGGUGCUGGUGGCAUCUCGAGUGGAGGCCAGGGAUGCUACUAAACACCCGACAGUGCACAGGAUGACCCCCCAACAGAGAAUUACCCGGCCCAAAUGUCGACAGGGCCGACUGGAGAAACAGGCCUAGUCCAGUGAAGCGUGAUGGCACUGCGCCAAUUCAUGAAAACCUCAGGUUUGUUUACUUAAAAGAAAAGUAGUUGACAUUUCCACAGGGCUGCCCUGCCCUGUGUGCUGGGACGCUGCUGGUCAGCUGGCUUGUGUUCUGCCAGGGGGCUUGUCCAGCAGGCACUGGCUACAGCGUGGCCGCAGAGAGAUGACGGUUUUGCAGGAGAGAAGUAGCUCGGUGACUCCCUCCACAUCUGGGUCUGGCGCGCGCGGCAGCGGUUUGCAGGCAGGGCGUCAGGCUGACACACCAGGGGGAACAGCGCCCCAUCAUGGUGAUGGCCAUGCAUGGUGAGGAGGGAGGUCCACUCUGACCACCUGUCUGGUUCGUGGACAGGUGUGCUCGAAGAUGAGACGUUCACUCUGCCAGUGUUUUCAUUUACUCUUCCGCCUCGUGGAGUCCAAGUGACUGCCACUUUCCCUGGACACUAGGCUGUUCUUGUGCCCAGUCGGGACCAGCGUCAAGUCUGUACUUGAUUUGAUGGUCAGCUCAUCUGAGUUUUGUGUAACGACUGGGUUACUUGGUUAUUUAUUUUGGCACAAAAAUAAAUCCUGAUGCCCCUGACUGAUUUUUGAUUCCAUUGUUUCUACUUUCUUUGGGAAACUACAGGUGGACUUUGAGUAUUUUCAGGGAAGAAACGAGACUUUUAAGAAUGAGCCAUGUAGGGAAAGCAGUGGUGGGUUCACUUGGAAUAUGUUGGAAGAAUGAGCCAUAAAUCCAUUAGAAUCAGAAGUCCUUUUACUGGAUAUUUUAGCCUGUAAAGCGUGGAUUCGUCCAUAUUUUAGGAUGAUUAAUCGUAUAACAACGCAGCAACCAACUCAGGGUCAGUAGACCUUUUCUUAGAAGCAAAGGCUUCUGAGCUAAAACCUGGAACGAGUUAACAUUGGCCUCAUGGUCCAGGGGCUCAAGGCAGGAACACGGUGGCGAGUUUUCACCUCUGUUCCCAGUGACCUCGCUUGCUCUU